UGUGUGUGUGUUGGUCGGGUACGGUUUUUUAGUUGGACAAUUUUGAUUGAAGAAGUGUAAUCUGGUUUUGCUUGCAUGUCAGUGUGAUUAUAUUUUAAAAAAGAAGAAAAAAAUUCCAGUGAAUUUUAUAUAUUCCUCAAUUUAUUCUAAACGCAUUUAAUAAAUAAUUGUUUAGAAAUUCAAAAAAAAAGUUUCAAUUUAUUAAAAAAAAUUGUUCAGUAGAAGAUAUGCAAAUAUGGAUUUUCAAAUUUUAAUUAUAAUCGCAUGUGUAUUCCUGGCAUCUUUAUUUUCUUUGUUAUUCAUAAACAAGUUUUUCCGUCGGAAAACAUUUGAAGAAAUUGUUGCCGAGAAAAAAGCAAUGACCGAAAAAAUCUACGGACCAGCAAAGGCUGCCAAAAAACAAGCGCGUAGCUCAAAAUUGCCAAGCAAGAAAGAACUGAAAAAGGAGAAACGACAGAAACAACAAAAGAAAACCGAAGACAACACGACCGAAGUUGAUGACAGCGAUGCUCAAUCGGAAAAUCCAUCAAUUGAAGAUAUGCCCGAAGAACCACAACAAAUAGUUUCCAAGAAAGCUAUACCUGUAGUUCAGGUGGUAGAUUUCGCUGCUCCCGAAGCCGAAAUUGUUGAUUCUGAUAAUGGAAGCAAUGUCGGCCAGCAUCGUUCUAGUGCAGACAAUCAAAAGGCAACCAACAAAUCCAAUAAGCAACGUAAAAAUGCCAAUACCAAAAGUGCUGGUAUUUUAGCUAACAAGCAGGAGAAUGUUGUAGUGAAGGAAACCAUCAUCACAAACGAAGAGAAACCUGCUUUGAAUAGUAUUGAAUCCAAACCACCAAAGGAUGCAGUUGAAAUUAAGAAACAGGAAAACGUUGAAAUCAAGAAAGCCAAGGAACAAAGAAAGCCGAACAAACCCAAGAAAGAAACAGAAGCCGUAGAAAUCACCAAUGUUUCGAAAGAUUUAAAGCAAUUGGAUGAGAAACCAGUUCGUACUGGUUCACCCAAAAAUCAAAACAACAAACUAAAACAGCAAAAUAAGAAGAAGAACGACAAGGAAAACAUUGCCUUGGAUAAGAUUAAUGAAAACGAUACAAUUGGUGUGAGUCUCUUGAUGAAUCUCUUUGGUCGGGCCGAAUUGAACCGUAGUGAAAUUCAAAUUCUCAUUGAUUACUUGUUGAACAAACAGCAAGAUAUGCCCGCUUCUCAUUCCGAAUGGAGCGAUGAUAUUGUUCAGAAGUUGAAGAAACAAUUGGAAGAGAAAGAAAAGGCUUUGCAAGAAGAACAAGAAUCUUCAAUUGGAAUUCAAGCUAAGCUCCGUGAUAUGCGUACUGAGAUCAAUAGUGAGCGUGCUCAAAUAAAUGCUACAGUCAAGGGUUAUAUUGAAGAAAUUCAAGCCAAAAAGACAGAAAUUGCUGCAAUGGCCCAAGAAAUACAAAAUAUCAAUGAUAAAUUUGCAUUGGAACGUCAACAAUUCCAGAAUAAGUUGCGUCUUGAGAAACAGGCUAGUUCACAAGAAGUUUUGGUUCAGUUGCAACGUGAGAAUGAACGUUCUACUAUGCUGCAAGCUGAACUCGCUCACAAAGAACAAGCAAUUACCGAAUUGAAGGCCGAACUCGUUCACAAAGAACAAUGUGUGAAUGAUUUGAAAUGCUUGGUCAAUGCAUCACAUCAAGGAGUUGAAGAUGCCAAACAAAAAACUAACGAAAUAAUUCAAGCUCAAGUCAAUCAAAUUCAGUUGCUUGAACAAAAAUUGGACGAAGCCGAAGUUGUCAUUAACAAACAACGCUAUGAGCUGGAAAAAGCAAAGAGCACCGAAGGCGAACACGAAUCUAACAAAGUGGAACUUCGUAAUUUACAAAAUGCAUUGGAUUCCAAACAAGCUGAGUUAGAUAUGGCAUUGAAUCAGUUUGGUGAUAUGCAACAGGAAAUUGAUGCUUUGAAUUUGGCAAAUAAGGAGCUUAGCGAAGAGAUUGGUGGAAUUAAUAAUCAGGCUGAAGAGAAAAAUAAGCAAGAUACUGAUUUAAAGAAUAAUUUGGAUAUCCUUCAGACAGCCUUGGAAGAAAAGGAUAAAAAACUUUCAGAAUAUGAGAACUCAUUGAAGCAGUUGGCUAGCAAAGAAGAUGAACUUAUUAAGCAAAUUCAAGAGCAAAAAGAAAAGAAUAAUGACUUGCGUACUAAAAACUGGAAGUUGGUUGAGGCUUUACAAAAUGCUGAAACAGCAAAGAAACAAAUUAGCAACAGCUUAGGUCUACAGCAACAACAACAUGCACUACUUCUAUCACAAGAACAACAAAAAGCAGUUACAAUCAAAUCAGAUCCGGCAAAUGAGCAAAAACAAAUCCGCGAAAUAUUAGAACGUUUGUAUCCGGAUGCAGUUAAAGCAAAUGCCGGAUCAGCACUUUCGUUAUCGUUUGACCAAUGGGUCGAGCAGGUCUUAGCGACACAUGUUAAACAAUCUAUAAGUAAAAAUAGUGCAACUACCGCCACUAACACCACCAGCACUAACACCACCACUAUACCAGCAACAAAUAGCAACAGUAGUAGUAAUCAUUCUUCACAUAAUCAUAAUAACUUAAAUAGUAGUGAAGAUACAAAAAAUAAUAGUGAUAGUAUUAAAAAUAGUAGUAGUGUUAGCACUAAUACCAGCAGCGGUGGCAGUAGUAGCGAUGUAGAAUCAGCGUCGGCUGCUGACAAAGCUGAAAUACUCAAAUUGCAAUCACAAAACGCUCAAUUACGAGCGAACUCAGAAGAGUUGACUAAACUCGUUACAAAGACCGGGAAUACAUUAUUAGAGCUUGAAGCUCGUGCCCGGGAACAAGAAGAAAACUGGAGAAGUAUCGUUCGUUCAAAGGAGGAAGAAAUUAAUUUAUUAAAACAUUCUAACGGGGAAAAACAAGACAUUUAAUGUUGAAUAAAUUCAUCAGAUACAAAUGGAGAUUAAGAUUGCCUUCCAGAACUUAACGUAAUGAAAUAAUAAUAAAAGAAAAUAUAAAACAAAAAUAAACUUAAAUCAUUUUCUAAUCGAUGAACUAUUAGAAUAUGACUUUUUACACAUAAAAAAAAAAAUAAUAAACAAAAACAAAAAUGAACAGAAAGUCAGUCAGUUUUUACAUGAAUUUCUUAAUAAAAAUCUGCUAAAUUUAACUGAUAAAUCAUUGCCAUUGUACUGUUUGAAAUGAGAGUAUGUAAGGAAAAAAAAAAAGUAACUCCAUCUCCAAUUGCUUUCAAACAGCAAAAUUCAAACUAACAGACAACUUUAUGUUUGUUUCUAAGACUACAAUAAAUUUAAAACAACAAAAAAAAUAUUAAUUUACUAUUAUACAUACAUAUUAUGUUAUUAUUUUGUAUUUUAUUUUGAAUGUAAAACAAAAACAACAACAGCGAUAGAAUUCUUGUAACAUUGGACUACAGAAAAAACCCACUCACAAACAGAAUUAGAGCUAGCUCUCACGGAUUUCUAUCUGAGUUUGAAAAUUAGAAUAAAUUUCUAGCCAAAGUCUAGCGAGAAAAAAAAAAAAAACUGUUAAAAUUUAUUCAAUACAAAAAAAUAUUAAAAGCAAAAUCACUUAUACAUAACUUUAAUUCAUAAUGAAUCUAUUUUUAUAUAAUAUACAUUUAAUAUUUUAAGAAUAUGGUUAGCAAAAGUAAUUUACCAACCAACAACAAUCGGAAUUAAAUACAAAAACAAAAAUGCAAAUGAAAAGAAAAAUUAGCGAAGGGUUUGAAAAUUAAAAUUUACGAAAAAAAUACGAUGAAAAAUAACGCGAUAUAUUAGAAAUAACUUUUAAAAUUAUUAAUUUUGCUGGUUUAUGUUUUAAUCUUUGUUUGUAAAUGAAACGAAUAGUUUUUUUUCUAAAACAAAACAAAAAAUAUAAAACAAACUGAUUGAAAAAAAGUGGAAUAAAAAACAAUACAGGAAGACAUUAGAAACACUUGUUUGCUGUGCAAUUUUAGAUGAAACAUUUAAAAUGAAAAAAAAAAAAAAUUUAAAAAAAAAAUAAUCAAUCUUUUAGUUUAUUUUUCUGUAAGUAAGUUUGAGAUAAAUGGGAAACAAAACUAUAAAACACAAAAAAGGAACUGAAUGAUAGUGUCAAAUUAAGAGAGAAAAAUAAAACGAUAGGAUUAAAUAAAUUUAAAUGAAAAAAAAAAACACCCAUUCACACAUAAAUAAA